CCCCAUCCAAAGUCGUCCGCGAUCGAGGCGCGGAGGUCCGGCGGAGUUGGCGGACGCGUCGGCGAACGUGUUCGCUACUCCCGUCCAAGUGCCUGAAGACCAUGAGGACGAGGCGGCGAUGCGCGGGCGCGUGAGCGACGCCGCGUUAAAAGACGUCCUCGCAGUGGCUAUAGAUCUGCUCCUGGACGAAGUUUCCAUGUGCAACAUCUUCACGGUAGACACUCUCCGGCCUGGCACCAGCUGUUAGCAUCCGUUAGCGGGUGUCGGCGAGGGUCCCGGAACGGGGCCAUGUCCCAGCUGUACUACCGGCGCUCGGACAGCUCGUCGUUUCGCGACCGCAUCCCGCUGAGGAUAGUGCGGGCCGAGUCGGAGCUGUCGGCAUUGGAGAAGGCCUACCUGGGAGCCGUGGAGAAGGGAGAUUAUGCCAGCGUCAAGCAGGCCCUCCAGGAGGCCGAGAUCUACUUCAAGAUCAACAUCAACUGCAUCGACCCGCUGGGUCGCACGGCGCUGCUCAUCGCCAUCGAGAACGAGAACCUGGAGAUCAUCGAGCUGCUGCUGAGCUUCAGCGUCUACGUGGGCGACGCCCUGCUGCACGCCAUCCGCAAGGAGGUGGUGGGCGCCGUCGAGCUGCUGCUCAACCACAAGAAGCCCAGCGGCGGCAUGCAGGUUCCCCCCAUCCUCCUGGACAAGCAGUUCUCGGACUUCACGCCCGACAUCACGCCCAUCAUCCUGGCAGCGCACACCAACAACUACGAGAUCAUCAAACUUCUGGUGCAGAAGGGCGUAUCCAUGCCGCAACCGCACGAGGUGCGCUGCAACUGCGUGGAGUGCGUGUCCAGCUCGGACGUGGACAGCCUGCGGCACUCGCGUUCGCGUCUCAACAUCUACAAGGCGCUGUCCAGCCCGUCCCUCAUCGCUCUCUCCAGCGAGGACCCCUUCCUCACCGCUUUCAGGCUCAGCUGGGAACUGCAGGAGCUCAGCAAGGUGGAGAACGAGUUCAAGUCCGAGUACGAGGAGCUGUCUCAGCAGUGUAAGGAGUUCGCCAAGGACCUCCUGGAUCAGACCAGAAGCUCUCGAGAACUGGAGAUGAUCCUCAACUACAGAGAUGACGUCAACCUGCUGGAGGAGGAGGGCAACGGAGACCUGGCCAGACUCAAGUUGGCCAUCAAGUACCACCAAAAAGAGUUUGUAGCUCAGCCAAACUGCCAGCAGCUGUUGGCGUCGCGCUGGUAUGACGAAUUCCCAGGCUGGCGGCGGCGCCACUGGGCCGGCAAGUUCCUGACGUGCGUCUUCAUCGGGUUCCUGUACCCGGCGUUCGCCCUGUGCUACCUCACGGCCCCCAAGAGCCGCUACGGGCUCUUCAUCCGCAAACCCUUCAUCAAGUUCAUCUGCCACACCGCGUCCUACCUGACUUUCUUGUUCCUGCUGCUGCUCGCCUCGCAGCACAUCGUCACAACCGAGCAGGACCGUCAGGGCCCGGCGCCCACUACCGUGGAGUGGAUGAUCCUGCCUUGGGUGCUGGGCUUCAUCUGGGCCGAAAUCAAGCAAAUGUGGGACGGCGGUUUGCAGGAUUACGUCCAUGACUGGUGGAACCUGAUGGACUUUGUCAUGAACUCUUUGUACCUGGCCACCAUCUCCCUCAAGAUCGUAGCCUACACCAAGUACAGCGGCAGUAAGCCACGGAACCAGUGGGAAAUGUGGCACCCCACGCUGGUCGCCGAGGCCGUGUUCGCCAUCGCCAACAUCUUCAGCUCCCUGCGUCUCAUCUCGCUCUUCACGGCCAACUCCCACCUCGGACCCCUGCAGAUCUCCCUGGGCCGUAUGCUGCUGGACAUCCUCAAGUUCCUCUUCAUCUACUGCCUGGUCCUGCUGGCCUUCGCCAAUGGCCUCAACCAGCUCUACUUCUACUACGAAACCAAAGCCUCGGACGAGAGGGACAAGUGCAAGGGCAUCCGGUGCGUGGAGCAGAACAACGCCUUCUCCACCCUUUUCGAGACUCUCCAGUCUCUGUUCUGGUCCAUCUUCGGCCUGAUCAGCUUGUACGUGACCAACGUGGACCCCGACCACCAGUUCACCGAGUUCGUGGGCGCCACCAUGUUCGGCACGUACAACAUCAUCUCUCUGGUGGUUCUGCUCAACAUGCUGAUCGCCAUGAUGAACAACUCCUACCAGCACAUCGCGGACCACGCCGACAUCGAGUGGAAGUUCGCCAGGACGAAGCUGUGGAUGAGUUACUUCGAGGAGGGGGCCACCCUGCCCCCGCCCUUCAACAUCAUCCCCAGCCCCAAGUCCUUCUGGUACCUCGUCCGCUGGGUCAAGACGCGGGUGUGCCGGCCGGACGGCGACGCGCGCCGCGACACCAUCGGCACGCUCGGGAAACGAGCUGCGGAGAACCUGAGAAUAAACCAUCAGUACCAGGAGGUGCUGAGGAACCUGGUCAAGCGCUACGUCGCCGCCAUGAUCCGAGACGCCAAGACGGAGGAGGGCCUGACGGAAGACAACUUUAAGGAGCUGAAACAGGACAUCUCGAGCUUCCGCUACGAGGUCAUGGGCAUGAUGAAGACGGCGAGACCCGUCCUGCCGAGCGGGGCGGACGGCGCCGUGGCCUGGGGCGCCGUCGCCCCGUCGGAGUCCGCCCUGGCUUACCCCAACGCGUCUCUCAAGGUGGCCGCCUGUUCUCCUCCCAAGUGCAAGGUCAAUCGCUUCAAGAUGGCGGCCUCCCUCCUCCACCGGGUGGCGUUGGGGACCAGGACCCCUGAAGCCUCCAACGGGCUCCCCAACGGCACGGCCCCCUCGCCGGGUGGCGGCGACGUACCCCCCUUCCCUAAAGACGGCGGCGACUUUGCUCUGUUUCACAAAUGCCACCACUGCGGGGGCGCCCACCGCCGGGAGUGCGGCGCCCACCGGGCCGGACCUGCAGAACUUUCCAGACAAAUGUACUCUUUAUCGGAGGAGGCGGAGGAGGAAGAACAGGGUGGAACCGCUCCGGAUGUCAAAGGCGAUAAGGAAGACGAGAGCGUCGCCUGAACUUUGACCCGUUGUCAAU